UUUCCAACCUUCGCCCUCCUGUGUAAACAUAUCGGCGUUUGGGCUUGAUUCAUAGCAACAUAUCGGCGUUUGCCCUGAAGCAUAAUUAUCUCCGCAGUUGUGAAUGCAGCCAAUCGCCCAACACAUGUUGAGCGAGCUUCCUGUCUGGUCGGUGGACAGAAAGUGGGUCGAGUUCGCGUCUCCAAGUCGAUUUCCCCCGCGCCAACGUCGUCUGGCGAACUGCAGCAUGUCGUCGUCAUUUUGUUUUCCCGGUGACUCCAUCAGCAGCGGGGUUGCCAUUCGGGCUCAACGAGGAUAUAAACCAGGGAUCCGAUUCACAGUCCAGUCCGACACUCAUACUCAACCUCAACACCACAAAACUCGUCACAGAUUCCUUCUUGCAAGUCUUUACCAAUGUCGCCUCUCAUCGCCCAAUCCCCCAAGCCGCGCGUCAUCUUGGGCCUGAUGACCUUCGGCCCGGACGAGUCGGCAGGUGCGCGCAUCACCGACGUCAGCGAGUUCGGCAAGGUCCUCGACCUAUUCCAGUCGCGCGGCUACAACGAGGUCGACACGGCCCGCGUCUACGUUGGCGGCAAGCAGGAGGCCUUCACCCGCGAGGCCCGUUGGAAGGAUCGCGGCUUGACCCUGGCCACCAAGGUCAAGUACCCCAACCAGCCUGGAGACAACACGUACGACAAAGUGUUGCAGUCGGCCGAGACGAGUCUGCGGGAGCUGGGCGCCGAGUGCGUGGAUAUCCUGUAUCUUCAUGCAGCCGACCGCGCAACUCCGUUCGACGAGUCCCUCCGCGCCAUCAACGAGUUGCACAAGGCCGGCAAGUUUGUCCGUUUCGGCAUCUCCAACUUCACCGCCUACGAGGUGGCCGAGAUUGUGCUCACCUGCGAGCACAACGGCUGGGUGCGCCCCACCGUCUACCAGGCCAUGUACAACGCCAUAACGCGGUCCAUUGAGGCCGAGCUGAUCCCCGCCUGUCGCCGGUACGGCCUGGACCUUGUCGUCUACAACCCCAUUGCCGGCGGCCUGUUCUCGGGCAAGAUCAAGUCCAAGGAUAUGGUACCGUCUGAGGGGAGGUUCAGCGACGCUGCCUCACAUGGCAAGCUGUACCGCGGUCGCUACUUCAGGGACUCGACUUUCCGGGCGCUGCAGGUGGUUGAGCAGGCGGUCGACAAGGCUGGGCUGACCAUGAUUGAGACGGCGCUGCGGUGGGUCGUGCAUCAUUCUGCGCUGAAGGUCAAGGACGGGAACGAUGGUAUUAUCAUCGGCGUGUCGAGAAUUGAGCAGCUGGACCAGAACCUGACCCAUCUCGAGAAGGGGCCGCUGCCGGACGACGUUGUCAAGGCGCUGGACGAGGCCUGGUAUAUCAGCAAGCAGGAUACCGCCCCGUAUUGGCACAAGGAGCUUGAGUACACCUAUGACACGCGGCAGGCCCUGUUUGGCGCGCGGGCACAGGAUUGAUGAGAGGG